AUGAGUGGGCGUGGCCCGGGCAAAAGAGCGCACGGGCACCCGCAGGGCGUGGGUGGCGUCGCGGGUUGUACCUGCGCUGUGCGUAAGCCGAGCAAUGAUGAAUUGCAAAAAGAAAGCAUAUGUCCUUACUGCUUCCAGUUCCUGGUUCCUGGUAACCACCGUGUGCGUCUCAAACCAAAGAUGAAAGUGACUCCACAGAUAGAGAAGAUUCUAAAACGAGAGGCAAAGAACCAUAAACUCAGUAUGAAACAGACAAAGCUUUUGAAAAAGUACAGGGACUCAAGAAGCAUUUUGCUGGUUACUUGCAACUCAUGCAACAAAACAACAAGACGUUAUGGUAAAAGCAGAGAUUUUCUGGCUGCCGUGACACACCAUUCUGGUACUCCAACCAUUAAAUCUGGCCUUAAGACACCAGAUCGGAAAAUUCCAUCUGCAAACAAAAUGACCCCUCUAAGCUGCGGUAGGUCUGGAUCUAAAGGAAAGAGUCCAUCAUCACUUCCCAGAACAUGUGUAUCUGGACAGGCGACAACCAGCUCCUUUUCCAAGACUCCUCGAAGCUCCAAAUUUCACUUUUCUAAGCUAAAAUGGAUGCUUAAUCUAGAAGAAAAAGAGAAAAGCCAGAAGGCAGAUUUGAAAACCUUCUUGACUUUACUUUAGUUAUUUAUUAUUGUAAAAUAAUAAAAGUUACAGCAAUAAGUAUUUUUCCA